GCAAACCUGGAGCACUCCGAGGUGUUGUUCUGCCGCACAACACACCUGACUCACGGGGGUUAGAACUCAAGUUUAUUUUGCUUGUUUAUUCAAGAAGACUUGAUUGUUUCAACCCAAGAUGAGGAAUUUAUUUGUGAGCAAUCAUAGGGAGUAUUCCAUCCCUGGGCUGAAGCUCGCCACUGCCGAAGACUCCCAGAAACUGCUAGUUAUAGACCACAUUAAGAAUGCUGUUUUUGUGGAAAGUUGUGGCACUGUGUACAGAUAUUCACCCGAGGGUGAAACUCUUGUGGAACUGUUCAGCUCAACUGAGUACUACAGUAAUGAAGAACCUGUUCCCACAAUCGUGGGAAUGUGUUAUUUUCAAGUGACAGAUACCAUCUGUCUGGCAGUCGACAAAGGAGACUUGUUGAGCCUCAGUGCAUCGACACUUGGGGAAGUAGAAUGUGUUGGUUUCGUUGAAUCAGGACUGCAGCUCAUGGAGCCUAGUCCAGACGAAGAUGUAUUGGUACUGGUGACAGCCCAGAACACUGUUAUAACUAUGACAGCUUCAUUCGAUCCUAUCAAUGAAACAGAUUUGCAGCAAAAAGAGUUUGGAGAAAACAGAUUUAUAACAGUUGGAUGGGGGAAGAAGGAGACCCAGUUUCAUGGCUCUGAAGGAAAAGCUGCAGCUCUAGCCAAAUCAACGACCCAAGCUGCGCCAAUAUCAAAAUUUGACUCAGGACUUCCUCAAAUAACGUGGAGAGGAGAUGGUUCAUUGUUUGCUGUCAACUCUGUAAAUCAAGAGACGGGCGAGCGCUUUGUCCGUGUAUUUGAUAGGAAAGGAGAUUUGAUGUACACUAGUGAGCGCAUUCCUGGCUUGGAAGGAGUGGUAUCUUGGAGGCCUUCGGGUAACCUUAUGGCUUGUACCCAAAGAAUGCCAAACAAGCAUGUGGUCUGCUUCUUGGAAAAAAAUGGUUUAAGACAUGGAGAUUUCACUCUUCCCUUUGCUUUGGACACUGUACGUGUUCGCCAACUUUUAUGGAAUGCAGAAUCGAGCAUUCUUCUAGUGUGGUGUCAGGUUUUAGAGGGAGUUCCUCCACCAGCAGGGUUGGUAGCUGGGCAGAAUACCCUUCUGCUGUGGACUGUUAACAAUUAUCACUGGUACUUGAAGCAAAGAAUAGAUUUGAAGUCUGAGCUCAGCCCUGUCGCUGCUCGUUGGGAUAUGGAUUCGGGAAACAGAUUACAUAUUAUUUGCACGGGAGCCAAAUAUAUUAGUUAUGAAUUCUCUUGGCGAGUAGACCACAGCAAUGGAAUGACCAACACUGAUGGUGCUUUUGUUGGAGUGAUUGAUGGAGAUUCUCUGUUACUAACAUCUUUUCGCUAUAAUGUGAUACCACCUCCCAUGUGUGGUACAACACUGAAACUUGCUGCCCCAGCUUUGGAAGUAGUAUUUGCUCCCCAACACGUACCGUCUGCAAAAGAACUUGAAUGCCGGUACCUCAAUACAAGCUCCACAGAAGACUCAGGGUUUGGAGAAGUUGUUGAAUCCUUAAGUUCAAAUCCAAACAACUUCUGCGUCCUCUUGAGUAAUGGCUUGUUUGCUGCCUAUUCUUAUGUUGGGGGACCUCGAGCACCAAACCCAAGUCACACACUGGCUGGAACAUACCAGAUAGAGUGGGAGGGUGAUCAAACCAUUCCCAGUCAUUGUUUCCACCAUUGGACUUGGGUGUCCCGUGAUUCAAUGCUUUGCAGCACCACACUUGAUAAUCAGUCACAUUUGUGUGUUUUUGAAAUGGAUCCUUUGGGGGCUGUAGAGUUUGGUCGAAUUUCUCUGAAGAAGAAAAUUGCUCUCUUGAGCAAUGUUGAAUCAAUAGCAAUGGGUGUGGACACCAACAUUGCAUACAUCCAGUUGUCAGACGGUAAAGUUUUAAGCUACUCCAUCGAUUCAGAUGCACUGGUGGAAAUGUUCACUUUUCCUCAUCCUGUUGUGAAAAUGGUGGCGUGUAGAGUGGAUAAGGAGACCAAUGGUGGUCAGGAGAUUAUCCUUGGUCUUGCCAACCAUAAUCGACUCUAUGCCAACACUGACUUAGUGAUGAGCAACGUUACCUCUGUCGACUUGCAUUCUCAGUUCCUGCUCCUCACCACAUCUCAGCAACAACUGUUUUGCUGCCCUCUAAAAAGAGCAUCAAUUUUAUCUUUGUCAAAAUCAAGUGCAGAGAUAGUGAGUUACGGUGUUGCUGAAAGGAAAGUUGAGAGAGGAUCACGUUUAGUUGUUGUUGUUCCUGAUGGAAAUCGAGUUAUUCUGCAGAUGCCUCGUGGUAAUCUUGAGUGCAUUGAACCAAGAGCACUGUCUCUUUGCCAAUUAGCCAUUUUGUUAAACUCCCAAUCCUAUUUUGAAGCCUUUGACUUGGCCCGCAAACAAAGAAUCAAUUUGAAUUUAUUUGUCGAUCAUGAUGCAGAUCUAUUCCUUCAAAAUAUUGAUAUGUUUGUUAAACGUGUCACCAAUCCUCAAUGGCUGUGUCUCUUCCUUGCUGAGCUGCAGGACGAAGACUGUACAACUACAAUGUACAAAGCUCAUUAUCCUGAUGUUCGAUCAGCAUCACUUCCUGAUAAAAUCAACACAGUUUGUGAUGCAUUCCUGGCAUCUGUAAAAAAAAUGGAUGAUUCAGAAUCAGCCAAGUUGACUCUCCCGAUUCUUACUGCAUUAGUCCUGAAAAGUACGCCUGGUGGACUAGAAUCAGCUUUGACAUUAAUUAAGACCUUGAAAGAGUCAGAGGAUAAAGCUGAGGGAGCUGUGCCUUGGACUUCAGCAUUACGACAUUUGUUGUAUCUGCGGGAUGUGAACCAGUUGAUGGAUGCAGCCUUGGGCAUGUAUGACUUCAAUCUGGUUGUCCUUGUUGCUUCAAAGUCUCAGAAGGAUCCCAAGGAAUAUUUGGCCUUUCUCAACAAAUUACGUGAAAUGGAACCUAAUUAUCAACGCUACAGCGUAGACAAACACCUGCGAAAAUGGGGAUCAGCCUUAUUAAAUCUCAUUCAAUGUCCAGAUGAUCAUACUGAUGAGUUGCUUCAAUUUGUUGUGAACCAAGGAUUGUUCAGAGAAGCACUACGAGCUUUGCCAAAUUCAGAUGAAAGGUUUAAAAUGAUUGCAUCAGCUUAUGCAGAUAAGCUAGCAUCUCAACGUCUGUACAAAGAGGCAGCAGUCAUGUACCGAAGAGCUGGUGAUUUCUUCAAUGCUAUGUUGUCACAUCAGAAGGCCUUAGCUUGGAGAAAUUGUAUUCAAGAUGCUACUGCCGCUAAAAUCAUUGAUGAAGACCUUAAAGAGCUACUCGGUGAUCUCGCAACUGCUCUUCAAGGAGCUUGCCAGUUUGAAGAGGCAGCAAUUAUUUAUCAUACAUAUUUACAGCAACCAUUGGAGGCUGUGAAAGCACUUUGCCUUGGCCAUCUCUGGCCUGAAGCUCAAAGAAUUGCAACCACAUUCCAACUGAGUUGCUUGGAAACUGUCAUCCAUCCGUCAGCUUUGGAGUACGCGGAGACACUUUCUACCCAAGUUAAAAACGCUGCUGAUCUGUUUAAUACCCACUACUCCAGACUUGUGGAAUUGAGGAGAGAGAAACAGCUUGCCCGCGAGAGACUGGAGGCUCAAGAUGGUGAUGUUGAUGGCUAUGGUGAAAGUGAUUUGCUGUCUGACACAAGUAGUGUGACAGGCAGUUCUCUGUCGUCUAAAGGCUCUUCAAGCCUGUCAUCUGGAAGUAACAGAUCAAGCAAAAACCGCAGAAAGCAUGAACGUAAAAUCCUGAGUCUGAAGAAGGGAAACCCUCAUGAAGAGUUGGCUCUUUUGUAUGCUUUACAUCAAUGUAUUUCCUCAUCAUUUUCUUUGAGAGAGGAGGUUAGUUCCUUGAGCAAUACUCUUGUGGAUUUUGGAGAUGAUAGUACUGCAGAAGAUCUUCAAAACUCACUAUCCAAAACUCUGAAAGCUAUGGAAUCAAGCUUCAAUAAAAUUUGGUUGCCUUCUUUGAGUCUUGGCUACAAUUCUCAGCAGGCAUUUGGACCCAAUGCAACAUCUAACAUGCUCGCAUCAAGUAUCAGCUCCAAUUCAACAAAUCAAUUAGAUAUGACCUUACUGGAGCCCCUGUACCGCUUUCCACCAGUGGUCCGGCCAGUGAAGUGGGAGAUGGAUAUGUUAAAGAAGACCUGAACACUGUUUCUGAAUAACUUGUUUUAAGUUUGACAUUGUCAGCAAAGACAAAAUGAAGCUGUUAGAUGAUUGCCUUUUGGCUUCAAGUAGUUCAUAAUGGCUCAUUUUGGAACAUAUUGUGAUAAUUUAUAGGUACAUUAACAUGAAAUCAAAUAAAUUUGAUUUUGCCAAAACAA